CGUCCCAGCAAGGGAGUCCCAUUUUUGGAGGACUAGAGCAGGCUGGUGAAAGAAACUAACAGACAGGAUGCUUUUUCUUUUCAGCUCAACAAACAGCUCAACGUCUGUGUUCAGGGAGCUCUUCCAAAUGUGAGAGGCGGACUGGGCUAUGUUUCGGAGAGUGGCGGUUUUGAAGAGAGAAGACGAUGAGACCGUGGACUCUGGAGCUGAAACUGCCGAGUCUGACUGCAGCAGGAUGUCAUCUGGCAUUGAGCGCAUGACCAGAAGGGUCAGGCAGCAGCGGCCGCAGCAGCCGUUCCUGCUAAUGAACUUGCAUCUCCUAGCCAACCCUGGAGACUCCCUGCUGCUGCAGCACACCCUGGAUCGCCUUCUCCGCUGGCUCUGCCCAAGCUUCCGUGUCUUUCAUGUGUCGGAGAGGGCUUCCCCAUUCAGAAGUUACACUCGCCUCUGUCCUGUAGCAGGCUACCCCUCUCUGGCCAUCACUUUCUUUCUCCAUGAGGCGUACGGAGAGGAGCGAAUCCUCAAAGUGCUGGACUUUUUUCAGCGCCCACCAUGGCAGUAUCACCACACUGAGAGCUGUGGCAAACGAACCGGGGGAAUUCAUAUAACCUCCAGCAGCUCCUCCAACAAUGCCCUGCUGCAGCCCUACCUUCUGCCCAGCAGAGACUUCUACAGUCUGGGUGCAGGGAUGCCCGUGUGGGGGGUUCGACCUGUGCACUGUGGAGGAGAGAUUCUGCGAGUGACACUGUACAGUGGAUAUGAUAACUAUGAGGACGCUGUGAGGCUUUAUGAGACCGUGCUGCAGCGACAGGCAGAGGAGCAGAAGACAGGCUUCUGCUGGUUCACUCUCCACACAGAGCCUGGCCUUAGCCUGCAGCUGGCCAUAAAACAGUUGUCACCAGGGGUUCGGGUGGAGCCAUGCUGCUCCGCUGUGCUGCAGUUCAGUGUGGAAGAAAUUGGACAGCUAGUUCCUUUGCUGCCUAACCCCUGUACCCCCAUCAGCGCUACACGCUGGCAGACAGAAGACCUUGAUGGCAACAAGGUUCUCUUUCAGGUGAAAACCCCGGCUCAACCUCAGCCACCUUUGACCUGUGCUUUCCCCCUGACCUGCCCUAGCGUGUCCCCUCGAGGAAUGCAGCUCAGGGGCUCGGGACAGAGUCACAGCCUGUCACCCUGUAGCCUCCCAGCACCCCUGUCCUGGCAGACAAACAGGCAAAGUCACAGGCCACGCAGUGACCCUAUCCUGGAAAAGGUUCAUGGAAAAGCAGAGAGUCUGGGGUCAGGAAGUUGCUGCAGCACCCCUCCAGGUAGCUCCUGUUACUCAUCCCAGCGCAGCAGCCCCUCAAACACCAAUCACCCUGAGUCCCCGCUGCGUCCCUCCAUCACCCACUCCUUCUCUCAUCUCCUUCUUGAGGAAGAGGAGGAGCCAGAGACCAAUGUGGACACUGGAGUAGCAGUCACACCUCGCUCUGACACUACAGUCACUCGCUCUCCUUCUCUGGACCUUUUAAAUGCACUCAGUUCUGAGAGACCUGCAGCUGUUGGAGCUUCAGCUGGUGACGCUUCGGCCAAGGAGCUAAUUGAACAUCUGUCACCGAUGCACAUACACUCACAGAGCUCAUCAAAGACAUGGAGUCAUGCUGGCUGUCAAAAUACAGCCAGGCAGGGGUGUGGAGGCAGGACUCAGGCAGCAGGGCAGAGUCCCUCUAAAGGGCCUGUGGUGGAGAAAAGGACUACUGCAGAGCUGCUGUCAACACGAUUAAACAAAGAGGAGUCAGUCGAUGAGUUCUUCAUUUAAAACCCUGCCACUACAGAGCAUGCUGUGGUUAUUAAUGAUGUGCAGAAAGAUCAGAAACCCUUCAAGUGGAUUUGAAUCAUGCAGGAGGACACAGCUGUGUAGUGUGACACCAGAGCAGUGAUCACCAAUACAAAAGAUGGCAGCAGGUGGUGCAGAGGUCACUUUGUGUCUAAACUCUUAAAGUGGUUUGCCUGAUCUUAAAUGAAUAAUAAUAGACUAUACAAGGCUCCUUAUCUGUAUGGAACUGCUGACAAAGUGGCACAAGAUCAGCACAUUUAAAUGCAAUGCAGCUAAUAAUGACAUGUUUAAUGUCUUUUCAUUCAACUUUGUUUUGUGCAGCUAUUUUCCUGCUUCCACUGGAAGAGUAAAACAUGAAGGAAGGGUUUUGAAUGCUACUUUCAGGGUAAUAGAUGUGCCAGUCCUCUGCAUAAGUCUUCAUCAUAACUAAUUAGCCAGGGUUUUCUUUUUUCAUUGCCUUUAAAAGAGAAAAACAUCUCGAGAUGAAGUUGCGCUUUGAUUUCGCUGCUGAUGCACGAUGGGAAAUCAGAACCGGUCUGAUCAUGCUCUUCAGCAUAGAUCUGUCAAACCAGUGUUCACAGAGGAAAAUUAUAUAAACGCGUUUAAAUGCACUUCAGAUGGUCCUUGUUUUAGUAUUUUAAUAUUAAAACUCUAUUAAAAAAAAUAAAGAAAUGUAAGAUUUACAUUUUUGUGGAUUAAUUCAUCAGAGAGUGUAAAGAUUUUCUAAAUUACCACUUAAAGAAAACAUUUACUAUUUUGUUAAAUAUAUAUAUAUUAAAAUGAUGCAAGGAAUUUAUAUGUAAGGUAUCUCUAAAAGCUGAAGUGUGCCCAGACCCUGAGGCCCGAUAUAAGAGUGACUGUGAGGCCACAGUGACAUGAGACAUCAGAGUACAGAUUAUAUUAGUGAAACUUAGAAGUGCAUCAUGGGUAGAUUAGCUUCUACAAAAGGUUAUUGCAACAUUUUCACAGUGUUAACUGUAAUUAUUGUGUUUGUAGUUGUUGGAGACAGGUCCAGUAGUGUAUAAUUAAGCAAGAUUUUAAAUAUAAUUAAACUGUAGUUUAGACUAGUCUCUACAAGGAUACUUGACAUUACUUGAAUUUUUUUCUGUUAACCAAAUUUUAACUUUGCAUUGUGACCUAUUAAACUAACCUGGGAGUUGACAAAAGCAGAAUCUAUGUUUACUUUUGUGUCAUAGCUCGUCAUUAAAUGCACAAAGUUAUAAUGAGCUGCUACCGGUGGGUGGCUCACAGGUCAUGAGUGGGUGUACAGCGCAGCUUUGUUACUGUUUUAAGUGUUCGAAUGUUUACUGUUAAAGGGAAGAACUGGACAAAAACAAGUUUGUUUAGUAUGGAAAAAUAAAAAUAAGGCUUCUUUGUGGUUUAAAAUGUUCAGUGAUUCUAACGAAUCAGUAUUGAAACAUUCAUUAACAUGACAGCUGUUGGAUUGUGAAUGCUGUCUAUUGUCAUUGUCAGGAUGAAUUAGCUGUAGUCUGUGUACUCAGUAAUGAGCUGAGAAAUCAGUGACUGACAGAUGACUGCUCUGCCUGCAGAGAUGGAAAAACCUCUUUCCCAGCAGAUGAUAAUAAAAAGUCAGAGGGGAACAUCUCAUGUUUCAUUUCA